AUGGCACACGCUGUUGUGUCGCGGCAUUACGAAGGAGCCAGAGCGAGGGUGAAGCCAACGUCCAGUCCAGUCAGUCGCAUCCACCGUUUGCUCCGGAAGGGCAACUGUGAACGUGUCGGUGUCGGAGACCUACUCUACUUAGUGGCCGUCAUGAAGUACCCAGCGGCUAAAGUGCUCGAGUUGGCCAUCCGCAACGACGAAGAGCUGAACAAAUUGCUUUCCGGCGCGAACAUCGCCCAGGGCGGUGUUUUGCCAAACAUUGAGACCGUUCUGCUGCCAAAGAAGAUGGAAAAGAACUUCGUCUCCUUUUGCAGAGCACUAGGUAGAAGAAUCCAGCAUAAAAGCGCACCGCACCGCCGCCCCACCAACAGAACAGGAGCAAACGCGUACGAUGGCACACGCUGUUGUGUCGCGUCAUUACGAAGGAGCCAAAGCGAGGGUGAAGCCAACGUCCGUUCCAGCCGUACCGGAAUGCAGUUCCCAGUCAGUCGCAUCCACCGUUUGCUCCGGAAGGGCAACUGUGAGCGUGUCAGUGUCGGGGACCUACUCUACUUAGUGGCCGUCAUGAAGUAUCCAGCGGCUAAAGUGCUCGAGCUGGCGGGAAAUGCUGCCUGUGACAACAAGAAAAUCAGGAUCAUUCACCGUCACCUGCAGUUGGCCAUCCGCAACGACGAAGAGCUGAACAAAUUGCUUUCCGGUGCGAACAUCGCCCAGGGCGGUGUCUUGCCAAACAUUGAGACCGUUCUGCUGCCAAAGAAGAUGGAAAAGAAGGCAUAAACUACAUCCCACUUGUGUCGACCAAAACCAAAACCGUCCUUAUCAGGGCGACCAUAUUCCAUUCGCCCCGCUGGAGAGUUGUUUCGAAAUUUUGCGUUCGUUCGUCUCCUUUUGCAGAGCACAGAAUCCAGCAUUAAAUCAACAGUAAGUGAGGAAGAUUAUCAGAGCCAACCGAAAUGUUGCUGGCAUCGGUGAUUUUCAUCAGCACGCUGUAAAAAUGGCUUAACUUGUUCGCAUAAUCCCUUCCUAUCAGUGUGGAAAUGAUCUUAAUAUGUAUUAGAAUCGGUGGUAAAAAUAUUCAUUUGGAAAUUCCUGAGUUGAUACAAUUUCCCAUCCACUCGUGUAUCAGGUAUGCGACGAGGCACUGUUAAAUUUCUUAACAGUUCUUGCAAAGUAAACCGUCAAACCGUGGUGGAUUUGACACUUUUGCUGCACGGCGUCUUUCUGGAAAAUUCUCUGUUCACUCUUGCAAGAUAUUUCUAAAGCCCUCAAAAGGACUGUUUGUAUUAAAAUUUGCAAAAUUUUGUGUGAGAGCCAAGGCAUUGGGGUCCAUUCAAAUAUUACGUAACGUAAGUUUUGACAAUUUUAGACCCCCUCCCUCCCCCACGUAACAAAUUUUGAAUGAAAAUUUUUGAAAUUUCGUAUGAAGCGUAGCACAGCGCUAUACCCCCUCCCACCCCCUUAGCGUUACGUAAUAUUUGAACGAACCCCUGUCGUUCUGACAGUCAAAUUGAAGACAGCAAUGACGAUGUUGGCUCCGAUGAUGAAAAGUCCUCAAACUGGUCGACGGCUCAAAUUGUGCCGUGCACGACGAUGCGAACACGAGUGAACGUGCGCAAACGUCGACAUCCAACGCGCUCGGCAUGCCACAGAAUACUAAACGAAAACGCAAACGGAGCAAACUGCAUAGCUCUGCUUCGAUGCGUUCCCCUCGAGGUGUUAAUGAAGAAUGAAGGAAGAGGGGAAGAAGAAAUAGCUUUUAUACUGCCAGGCGCUCGAUCGAAAACCUCAAAUCUGUGCUCGAACGUGAUUGGCUGGAUAAAACAUGGGUUCACUUUUCCCAACUUUUCAAUAGUUUGCUAUUGAAAAUCAAUAGUUACCUUGUAGAGAAUCGAUGCGUAGAUAAAUUUGUGAUCAAUUCAUGCAAAAAUUUUGAAAAUCCAUCAAGAAAUGACAGAGUUAUUAGCGGUCAAAAUCUAACCACUUUUCGUUACAUGCUCAAAUUUUCGGUUUUCUGAAGUUACACCCCUAUAUGUUGCCGAAGGACGUUAUUCAACGUCAAAAAU